UAAUCUCUCAAUUCCUCUCCUCUCGCAAAAGUAAAAUGGAAACUAAGCUUUCUUUCAAGAUCAAGAAUCAAUCUCGUAAGUCCAAGAUUUUCAAGAAAUCAAGAUUCGAGUUCUACUCUUCAAACCUUGUAAUCUAAGGAUCUGAGGGACAGUCUCGGGGUCCAGUUCAGUAAUAGGUUUGAGUGCGUCGGAAGUUGCAAUUGUUCGUCUUUGUAAAUGAAUGGUGCAUAUGGUUGCAAGUUAGAAGGGCUUUCGAACCUUCAUGGUUCAGGAUCCCCGUCACGGCUAGGGCCCCGAUUCGGGUCAUGACAAAAAUAAAUAAUCCCUCCUCAAUCUCAAUUCAUUUGUGCUUUUCGUUUACACAAAUAGCUUAUUCUAUUUACUGUUUAUUAAGCAAGCUUGUUGCUAUUUAGAUUAAUUUUUUUAAAAAUAAUUUUUAAUUUUUCACUUUAAAUUUAAGAUCACAAAAUUAAAUAUUGGUACAUUCAACUCAUCUCUAGUUUAGUUUAAAAUCAUAAAAUUUAGGGGAAAAGGCUAAAAAAAUAUCAUUAAACUAUUAAAAAUGGCUCAUUUAUGCCAUCACCUAUAAAUUGUUUGCUCAUUUAUAUCACAAUCGUUUCAGAAAAGUUAAUUUGUAUCAUUAUUUUGCAAUGGUGAUUUGAAUUUUUGCCACAUCACCUUUUAUUAAAAAUCUACAUCACCAUAUCUAAACCAACCAAUAUUACUUAAAUCAAAUAAAAAAGAAUACUUAUUAAAAUAAAAUUUGACACAAUUAAUGAGUUUGAUUUUUAUUUUUAGUUAGUCUGAUUUUUAUGUUUAAUAAGUUCAAUUUUUAUUUUAACUGUGUGGAUCACAUUUUAUGUUAAUGAGUUCAAAUUGAUUGAUUUAAAUUUGGUAAUGUGGUCUCUAGGGGCAAAAAUGAUUUUGCAAAAAUCACCAUUAACAAAUAAUGGCACGAAUGGAUAUUUCUGUAACGACGAUGGCAUAGUGAUACGAAUGUUGAAUAACAAUGGCAUAAAUAAGUCAAACUUAUAACGAAUGAUAUAAAUAAAGUCAUUUUUAAUAAUUUAAUGACAUAGUUAAUAUUUUUUUUUCUAAAAUUUAAAAUUCUUUAUUUUUAUUCGUAUCAAAUAAAAAAUACAUCAAACAAUUUGAAAGAAAAGGACUCCAUACACAAACUUGUUUUCUUGGUGUUGACCUUCAAAGAAUCCAAAUUUCGGCAAAAUGGGGAAAGUGAAUUGCAUUGAAUAAACGCCAAUAGAUAAGAAUAUGUCAUCUCCCUUUUGUUGAUCACCAAGCCAAACCAAACUUCAAACACCUGUUAUACUUAUUCGGCUCUCUUUUGUACUGUACUGUGUAUAAUUAUUAAAGAGGCAAUAUAAUAUAAUGGGAUCAAUGUUUAGUUCACAGAUUACUAAAGAACAAAUGGAGAUGGCUCUUACCAAAGCCAAGCAGAUCGUUUCCUCCAAUCCCGUCGUCGUCUUCAGUAAAACAUACUGCGGAUAUUGCACGAGGGUGAAGCAGCUUCUUUCCCAACUUGGUGCGACUUUCAAAGUUAUUGAACUUGACCGCGAAAGUGAUGGAGAUGAGGUGCAAGCAGCAUUACUUGAAUGGACUGGGCAGAGGACUGUGCCUAACGUGUUUAUUGGGGGAGAACAUGUUGGUGGCUGCGACAGCGUAUUAGAGAAGCAUCAACAAGGAAAGCUACUCCCUAUGCUCAAAGAUGCCUCCGCUGUUCCCAACAAUCCUGCCAAAGUGUAAACACAUAUAUACACAGCAGUUUUUAAGCUGACAAUAAAAAUGAAGUUGAGAGUGCCAAAGUUGUUGGGGUUGUUUAAUAAGCCAUUGGAUGUCAAGUUUCUGUUUUCUGUUUUUCCCUACCUCAGUCUUCUAAACAUUUCUUUUUAGUACAUUUUUCCCCUUUUAACUUACUGCUUCGACAUUACCAUCUGUUCCUUUGGGAAGUAUGUAUUGUAGAUUCGCGUUACAUAUGCAUUUCUCUUACGGGCGAGUAAAUUUGCCACUUGUGCGUUA